UUGACACAUAUCGUGACUUUUGAUUCCGUUUUAGCAAUAAACACACCAUGAUGUUAUCUUUUAUACUGUUCAUGAUAUUUCACGACCGUGAACAAACAGAAUUUUGAAGCUCGACGCAUUGACAGUGAGAAUUCCGAGCAUCCGAGUGGCACCUGAACGCAGCGUGAGUCUUCAGUUGGACUGGUCGGGUUAGCGAUAGUUGUUAGACUGGCUGACAGACACAACAGUAGCGGCUUAAACUUGUCUGUCAUUUCUAACAGUUAGCCCGUUUAGCCCAGCUUUACGCGGUAAUCUUAGCGCUGCUUGCCCAUAGCAGCUUCAAUGAACUCUUCUUAUUUAUUGUGGAACUAAAAGCUGGUGCUUUUGUAAACCCUCGACAGUCGUCUCCACCUGUUAUUCGCUACAUCGAGGAGCUAAAGUGAGCUAACGUCAACGGUACAGUUUGCUAGCUUUCAUUAGCUAAUUGUGCAAGUUUCUCCCCCUGCUGCGCAUUAUAGCAAGGUUGUCAACAUGCUGCAGUGAGUAAUGUACAGAGUGUUGAUAUUGACAAUGGCCAUCUGGGGGGUACAAGGAUGCUCCGAUUCACAAAGCUGCCCGACGCAGCUGCCCAACAUCACCUCCAAGGACUUCUGUUACUCUGCCCGAAUACGCAGCACUGUGCUUCAGGGCUUGCCCUUUGGAGGGGUGCCUACUGUCCUUGCCCUUGAUUUUAUGUGCUUCUUGAUGCUGCUGGUUGUGUUCUCCUUCUUGAGAAAAGUAGCCUGGGACUAUGGGCGCCUGGCUCUGGUGACUGACGCUGACAGAAGAAUGGAUCAGCGGUACAGUCGCCUGGAUGAUCGGGAAUACGUUGCCUCUGCUUUGACAUCAGAUACACCAGAACGCUACGAGCGGCUUACCUCAAUUUCCAGCUCAGUAGACAUCGACCAGAGAGAUACAGGCUUCUGCUCCUGGCUGACUGCCAUCUUCCGCAUCAAGGAUGAAGAGAUAAGGGAGAAGUGUGGCGAGGAUGCGGUACACUACUUGUCCUUUCAGCGACACAUCAUUGGCCUGCUGGUCGUGGUCGGUGUGCUCUCUGUGGGCAUCGUCCUUCCUGUUAACUUCUCAGGAAACCUACUUGAAAAUAACGCCUAUAGUUUUGGGCGAACCACUAUAGCAAAUCUGAAUGCAGACAAUGCGCUACUGUGGCUGCACACCAUCUUUGCAUUUCUCUACUUGUUACUGACGGUGUACAGCAUGCGACGGCACACUUCCAAGAUGCACUACAAGGAGGAUGACCUGGUGAAACGCACUUUAUUCGUCAAUGGAAUCUCUAAAUAUGCAGAGGAGACUGAGAUAAAGCAGCACUUUGAGCAGGCGUAUGAAAACUGUGUUGUACUGGAAGCUCGGAUCUGUUACAAUGUGGCCAGACUGAUGUAUCUCAACUCUGAAAGGAAGAAGACCGAGCGCAGCAAGAAAUUCUUCGUUGACCUGCAGGCCAAAGAGCACAUCACAACCAUGAUCAAUCCGAAGCCCUGCGGACACCUUUGUUGUUGCAUCAUCAAAGGCUGUGAGCAGGAAGAAGCAGUGGGCUACUACACCAAGCUGGAGUCUCAACUUAAAGAUGACUACAGGAAGGAGAGAGAAAAGGUGAACAGGAAGCCGUUAGGAAUGGCCUUUGUCACCUUUCAGAACGAGGCCAUAACUGCAAUAAUCUUGAAAGACUUCAACGCCUGUAAGUGUCAGGGCUGUCAGUGUCGUCGGGAGCCGAAGAGCUCUCAGUUCAGUCCCAAGCUCCACACACAGAACUGGACCGUCAGCUACGCCCCUGAUCCACAAAAUGUCUACUGGGAGCAUCUGUCAGUGGGAGGAGUCUCCUGGUGGCUCCGCUGCUUGAUCAUCAACAUUGUCCUCUUCCUCCUCCUCUUCUUCCUCACCACCCCCGCCAUCAUCAUCUCCACCAUGGACAAGUUCAACGUCACCAAACCCGUGGAGUAUCUCAAUAAUCCAAUCGUCACCCAGUUCUUCCCCACCCUCCUUCUGUGGUCCUUCUCCGCCUUACUUCCUACCAUUGUUUACUACUCUGCCUUCUUUGAAGCGCACUGGACCCGGUCAGGAGAGAACAGGACCACGAUGCAUAAAUGCUACACCUUCCUGAUCUUUAUGGUCUUGUUGCUGCCCUCUCUCGGACUCAGCAGUUUGGACGUUUUCUUCCGCUGGCUUUUUGACAAAAAAUUCUUGGCAGAUGCUACGAUCAGAUUUGAGUGUGUGUUCCUUCCUGACAACGGCGCCUUCUUUGUGAACUACGUCAUUGCAUCCGCAUUCAUCGGUAACGCCAUGGACCUGCUGAGGAUACCCGGUCUACUGAUGUACAUGAUCCGUCUCUGCCUGGCUCGCUCUGCAGCGGAGAGGAGGAACGUCAAGAGGCACCAAGCCUACGAGUUCCAGUUCGGGGCCGCUUAUGCCUGGAUGAUGUGCGUCUUCACCGUGGUCAUGACCUACAGCAUCACCUGUCCAAUCAUCGUCCCUUUCGGCCUGAUGUACAUGCUGCUGAAACACCUCGCUGACAGAUACAACAUGUACUACGCCUACCUGCCAUCCAAACUGGACAAAAAGAUCCACUCUGGAGCCGUCAACCAAGUGGUGGCCGCUCCUAUUCUCUGUCUCUUCUGGCUUCUCUUCUUCUCCACUGUUCGCUCUGGGUUCGCAGCUGCAACGUCCAUGUUCACGUUCAUCGUUUUGAUCAUCACAAUCAUCAUCUGCCUCUCUCACGUCUGUUUUGGACAUUUUAAAUAUCUCAGCGCUCACAACUACAAGAUUGACAACCAGGUGGACGGGGUCGAGAAUGGGCAAGCAGUGCGCACUUUCGCCACCUCCAACGCAGCGCAAAGCUACAUCGCUCAGGUACUUCAAGACCCGACUUUAGAGGAGGCCAACUCGGGCAGCGGCGAGGACGACGGCCAGGGGUCCUCGCAGGACGAGGAAAUAAUCAAUGUGGAAAAUAACCUGAAUGAGGACUUCCAGUCUGGUGAGGACAGCCUCAUUGACCAUGAAGUGCGGAACUGACACUGCCUCAGACACAAACGAAUCCCCCUUAAAGUUUAGCCCGACGACUGCACUGAAUCUGUGAAACAAACAAGGAACUGACUCGAUAGUUCUCCGAAGCAUCUCGACCUCUGCGGUGGAACUUUGACACUAACAUAAGCACACUGUCUACUAAGGAUUUAACGGAUUGUUGUUUAAGGACUCCUAACGUCUUACGUACCUACAGAGGGAAUCUACUCUGAUAAUGCAAGGGCGGCGACCUCCUUCUGAUAAACCCGAGGCACAUCCCAGAAUCAUGCACAUACAUGGACCCAAUGAGAAAAGACACUACUGCACAAAUGAAGAAUUUGCCUCGUCUUGUAUUGGGAGUGAUGUUCUGUCUGUUUUUUUUUUCCUUAACAUUAUUGCACUUGAAAAAGAGAACCUGUCCGAUAAGCUCGAGUUUCCCGAAGGUACUGUUGUACAGCAUGCCUUCUGGUUCAAAAGGGCGGAGGGAUCUACCUGAAGUUCUUUUACCAGUAUCUCUUAAUUGUCUGCACUACUUUCUCUGUAAAAGUAAAAGCAGCGGGCGUUGGAGGAGAACGAGAGUUUCCACAACCCCGCGUCGCUUUGUGAAUGCAGAUGUUCAAAUACUGUUCUUCCAAAUCCGUCAAAGCCUUUCAAAACGAGAAAAAAAAGGACAACAAAAAAAUCAUCGCUACUACUAACACUCCUCGAUGCUUUGACGCUGCAAAACGUUGGAUUCUUGAUAAAUCCUUUUUGACAUGGUAUUUAUUGUAAAUGCUAAACGCCCCUAAAAACUGUGGAAGAAGAUAACGUGUAUAUCUUGGCGCACACUACAUUACUAAGACACUUGAUGGCGUGGUUCAGUCUCUGAGCCUUUUUGUCGGGACUGCUGUUGGACUGCUGCUACUGAAGCUGCCUCCUGUAGGGGGAGGGGGGAACGUUUGCACGGCUGCUGCAGGAGGACCGGAGGCCAGGAGCCUGCGGAUCCUUUUGCAGCGUUGCUCAGAGGUCGGAGAGAAAGGCUGUUUUUUUUUGGUUUUUUUUUCUGGGUCAGUUUCAGAUGAUACCUAAUGUGACUGCUUCUCUUAUCUGUUGUUCUCAUUUGUUUACGUCUGUAUGUAGAGAUUCUUUUUUUUUUUUUUUAAAUGCCGUUCAGUUUCUGCUGACGAGCUCUGAAGGCGUCUCUCGUCACGCAGCCCUCCGUCGGGUCCUCCUCGAUCUUAACUCUUGUACGUAGACACUUAGCCUAGCUGCUUCUUGUACCAGUGGUCUCUGAGCAUUGUUACACUUUCUCAUUUUGCUAGUUAGGAGUUGUAGAUUGUUUAACGGGAAUUGCACAACUUUAGCGACAACAUAUCGAAUCUUAAAAAAGGCCGCUCACGAGAGAGACACGCUGCAAAUCUUGACAUGAUGCAGCCGACCUCUGACACUAAAAACAAAUAACUUCUAACGUUUCUUCUGAAGGAUUUAUCCCCUUAAAAACUGAAGGUUCCCUUUCCAGUUCCUCUUACUAGCAUACUUACUCUACAGGUGCGAUAGUUAGUUCUUCUACUGAAGGUUGUCAAAAUGUUCAAUGCUUCAAAACCUUUUUCAACCUCGUCUAAAAACGAUACAAGCUCUGUUGACAUAUUGAAGGGUGAUAUCUGAGCAGGCGGGGAGACUACGGGGAAUAUCAUAACUUUGGAAAAGAGCGUUGGUGACGUUACCAGCGCCUUUGUGAAAAGUAGAAAUAUUUCCAAGUUGAGCGCUCGGAGUGCUGUUUCUCUCUGGGCGGCUGCUUGCUGCAGCAAACGCUCUCUCCUCGUUGAAAAUAAUUGAUAAAAAGUUGCUGGCCCUCUGAAAGAAACGCUAGGUGGACAUUAAGUCGCAUGAGUACUUUGGAAACGUUUGUAUUUGUGCAGUUAAUAAAGUCCUCUUUCUUUUACUCGCAGCAACUUCAGGUUAAAAAUAUGAAGAUAUUCAGUCAUUUUUUAUAUCAAUCAAUUAGUUACCUGAACGUCGGAGAUUGCAUUGUUUUAAAACAUUCAAUGUUGAAGUAUUGAACAUUAUAAUGACCUUAUGUGAUACCUUAGCAGUCAAAACAAACGAGUCAACCGAAUGGAAUCAGUUGCACCUUUUCUCAAACACUCAAACCUUUUAUUGCGUUCGUUUAUAGAUCGUUUUGAACGCUGCUUAACAUCGUCCCUCCUUCUUUAAAAUGUGCAACCCUGAUAAAAAUCCACAUUACAGCUGUACCUUUACAAGUAGCAGCUGUUUUAUGACAACAGAUGUGGAAAGUUGAACGAGGAUGAAUACUUGAUGCUAGGCACUUUAGCUUCGCCCUCAUGUAUGAACGCCACUGGAGCUUCCCCAGACAGAGAUGAUGUUGAGCGCCAUCUACUGGAGGACACAAACAUCCAAACUAUCCCUUUAACAUAUUCCUUCUCUUGUUAGGCCGUAACAAACAGCUCCAGACAAAAAAUAUGAGCUUAAACAGUAAAGUCAGAAACAACACUAUGAGCUGCCCCCUGUUGGACUUAAAGUAGCACUACAGUCUGUCACUAGGGACCAAUUAUUAUAAUAAUAAUAAAACAAUACCAAUGUGAUAUUGAGCUGCUCAGAGGACUGUUGUGGGAGACGUGCACUAACCUUACUUUCACUUAUAUGAUUGACAGAAGGACACGCCUCCGUGAGAGAGAGAGACAAAAGAUGAAGCUGACAUGUUUCCAUCGUUUUUCCCCCCGUUGAUAUAAAAGCGUCACACGUUUGUUUGUUGUUUUGGUAUCCAUCGGGGGCACUUCUCGUCAUGAUAAGUCGAUUUUUAUAUUUAAUACCUCUUCAUUUUUUUAUACCUCUGAGAUGUCCUGAAGUCUCUGAAUGUGUUCUGUCAGAAUAUAACAAACUUUCCAGCUCUGAGGAGAAGAUAUUCAUCGUCCUGUUUUGUCUAACACCUGUUGAAACGCUGAAUGUAGGUUAAUUCCACAACUUUUUGUAAGAUGAAAAGUGGCUUAAGCGGCGGCGUGAUGGCUGUAUUCACAGCUUAAAAAAAGGGCAGUUCACCUGUUGACCUGAAAUUUUAUACGGUAACCAAACUUACUGUCGUCCUGUUCUAUGUCAUCGCAUUUCAUUUUAGAGUUGUCAGUCUGAUGGUGUCCGUCGUCUUCUGCUACUUCCUCUUCAUGAUUUUAGAUCCUCUUCAUAAAGUCUGUGUCGACAGUGCGACUCACUGGAAAUAAAAAGGAUCGUUUUAUGUGAACGGCCGAGCUCUCUAGUAGAAGUUCUGCGCUCGUUUCUUCUUCAGUGUUUUCAUCAUGUUUGGUGAAUUGUCUCUCAGCCUCAAAAAUGUGUUCACAUGUGCUCUGCCUGUUUUAGUUUUAUAUUUUUCUAGCUAGCAGGAGUACCAACAGUCUCAUUUUCUUCUCUUCUUUUUCUUCCAAAGGGCCGUUUAUGAACCGGAUAUUUACUGUAUAGAUCUUUACUUCUCUCCCAGCUCUUUGAGAAUAAAACUGUAUUUAAUCAGAA